AUGUCCACCCCGGCACGCCGUCGCUUAAUGCGUGACUUCAAAAGAAUCCAGCAGGACUCUGCAUCCGCCUCGGGCGGGAUCUCUGCGUCGCCCUUGGCGGAUAACGUGAUGAUCUGGAACGCCAUCAUCAUCGGGCCGGAGGACACGCCGUUCGAGGACGGCACGUUCAGACUGUGUCUCACGUUCGACGAGCAGUACCCGAACAAGCCGCCAAACGUGAAGUUCACAAGCGAGAUCUUCCACCCAAACGUGUACGCCACGGGCGACCUCUGUCUCGACAUUCUCCAGAACAGGUGGAGCCCUACGUACGACGUGGCGAGUAUUCUCACAAGCAUCCAGAGCUUGCUCAACGACCCGAACAUCAACUCGCCGGCGAACGCGGAGGCAGCGAGCUUGUACAAAGACCACCGGAGCCAGUACGUCAAGCGGGUCAGACAGACGGUGGAGAAGAGCUGGACCGAGGAUUUGAAGGACAUCGACGACGCGGACGACGACGAGGAUGACGACGACGACGAGGAUGAUGAAGAGGAUGAAGAGGAUGACGAGGACGGCGACGAAUGA